UCAGCCUCAGCCGCUGCAGCCCCAGUCUCUCUACGUGAGCUCGUUUUGAUUUCCAUAGCCUCCAGCUCCACUCGGCUGUCGAAGAGGCCUUUAUCCAGGGGAAAGUGGAAUGAAAACAGACAACAUUUAGGACUAUUUUCCUUACGUUCAUCACUCUUUUACCGACAGAAAAUCAAAGAAACGGCAGCAUGGGAGUCUACGAGGAGAAGAAAGAAACAUGUGGAACCAUCUGCCUGAAGUACCUCCUGUUUACGUUCAACUUUCUCUUUUGGCUGGCAGGGGGCGUCGUGAUGGCAGUGGGUGUUUGGACCUUAGUCGAGAAGAGCGACUACAUCAGCCUUCUCUCCUCCAAGACCUACGCUGCCUCCGCCUACAUACUGGUCCUGGCUGGAGCCAUUGUCAUGGUAACAGGUGUGCUUGGCUGCUGCGCCACCUUCAAGGAGCAGAGGAGGCUACUGCGAGUGUACUUCGUCCUGCUGCUGUGCAUCUUCCUGUUGGAGAUCCUGGCUGGUGUCCUGGCUUAUAUCUACUAUCAGCAGUUGAACGAGGAGCUGAAGCAAAACCUGAGGGACACCAUGACCCAGAAGUAUCAACAGAGCACCCAUGAGCACAUCACCGGGGCUGUGGACAAGCUACAGCAGGAGUUCAAGUGUUGUGGCAGCAACAGUUCAUCGGACUGGGACGAUAGCCUCUGGGUCCGCUCCAGAGCCGCAGACGGCAGAAUAGUGCCUGACAGCUGCUGUAAGACUCAGACGGAUCUCUGCGGCCGCAGGGACCACCCGUCCAAUAUUUACAAGGUGGAGGGAGGCUGCAUUUCUAAACUGGAGAAAUUCAUCCUAGACCAUCUGAAGAUCAUUGGAGCGGUGGGUGUUGGGAUUGCCUGUGUACAGAUCAUCGGGAUGGUGUUUACAUGCUGCCUAUACCGAAGUCUGAAGGCAGAGCCGUACUAAGAGGAGCAGAAAGAAGAAGUGUUGGUGAAGGAGGAAACUUCAUCACCACAUGCCAAAUUCAAAUAGCCCAUAGGUUCUUUUCUUUGCCUUGCACAGGGGGAAGGAAAAUUUGGCAGGGGAUCAAAAUGCACAUCAGAGGAUCUCAUUUUGGUAAACAAAGGGUGGAAAAACACUACAAGGUAUCUUGAGGUAAUUAGCCAUUAAAAAUGCAGUCUCAGCUCCAUCUACAAGAUCACAGCGCUGUGAGGGAGCCUCAGAGAGAAACUGAUGGGAAUUUUAACACAGAUUGUGUAAAUUAGCGUGGGGACAGCCUCCUCCGAACUCAAACAUUGUGUUGUUUUUUUCCACUCCGAUUCCCUCGAUGUACGUUUAUGUUUGCAGACAAGGAGCUGCACCCCAAAGUGUUGUAAAGACCAGCAGAGUAAAACUGGCACUUGGUGGAAAAUGUAAAUUCUGGUCACAGUGGCUUCUCUUCCCCCAGCAGUGCUGUUUAUCAAGCCUACCUCUGGGGCCCUCUUCAUCUGCAGCAGCAUUUUGUUUCCAUGCUAACCUGCCAGUCAUGCAUUUUAAAUAUUGUUGGAUAGCGGCCUGUUUUUAUACUUUGUAAAUGAUCGUUUUAUGUAACUCAUGAGGGGCUUUCUUCUGAGCAAUGAGGAUUUAUCACCUAAUGUAACUUCACAGUGACAUGUCAGUGUUAAAUCAUGAUUUUACUCAACUUUAAGACCUGCAGAGAAGGACUUGGUGCAUUUUAGUGCCUUGUUUAAAGCAUAUCCGUGCUGUUUGACACAGCAGUUCAAUCAACACGUUACAACUCUAUGUGCAAGAUCUACUGAAUCCAUUUAGCUAUUAUGUUACUGAAACAAAGACGCAGUGCCUCUAAUUGCUGCUCAUAAGAAAGCCUGGUAGCGAUUUUACUUCACCUUUUUUUAUACAGGAUUUAUCCACUGAUGCCAAAGCUGUGGACUGUAACUUUGUGUAAGGACCUACUGUAUCUCCUCCAGCCUUAUUUACUUAUCUACUGAUGCCUUUUUUAGAUUGUUUUCAUAAAUGAAGAUCUGGUUACUCUUCUAUAGACCUUAAAUAUGUUAUUGUAUUUAACAAACACGCAUUAGAAGAUGAUUUUUCACCCAGUGUUAGUAGCGAUACUUCCUUAUGUGCCUCAGAGAUGACACUGAAUUAACCUGCUGUAAUUUCUCUUUGUGAUAACCCGGGGGUUAUUUUAGUUUCAAUAAAUGUUGAUCACC